UGUCCAUCAGUGCCUCGUGUCAGUGCCCAUCAGUGCCACAUCAGUGCCUACCAGUGCACAUCAAUGCCACCCAUCAGUGCCAGUCAGUGCCACCUAUCAAUGCCAAUCAGUGCCACCUAUCAGUGCUUCCAAUCAGUGCCACCUAUCUGUGCCAGUCAGUGCCGCCUAUCAGUGCCAGUCAGUGCUGCCUAUCAGUGCGCAUCAGUGCCGCCUAUCAGUGCCUGUCAGUGCUGCCUAACAGUGCCAGUCAGUGCCGUCUAACAGUGUCAGUCAGUUCCACCUAUCAGUGCCAGUCAGUGCCACCUAUUAGUGCCAGUCAGUGCCACCUAUCAGUGCUGCCUAUCAGUGCCAUAUAUCAGUGCCAUGUAUCAGUGCUGCCUUUCAGUGCCCAUCAGUGAUGCCUGUCA